CCAGAUGAACCCACAUGAAAAAGCCCUUCAACAAUACUCCUAAACAUCAGAGGGGACAGAAACUUGGGGAGCCCAACAAGAGACUGUGGCUGCAGUAUGGCUCAGAGUGACUUCCUCUACCCAGAAAACCCAAGGAGGCGGCAGGAAGUGAACCGUCUUCACCAGCAGCUCCUGGACUGCCUGUCUGACAGCUUCCAGGUCACCAACAAGCUGGCAGGGGUCCUGAACACCCACUUGGGCUGUAAGCUGGCCUUCAUCGAAAUGAAAAGAGAUGGGACCAUCAAAGAAAACUGUGACAUCAUUAUCCAAGCCAUGACAAAAAUCCAAAAGGAACUGCAAAAGGUUGACGAGGCACUGAAAGACAAACUGGAGCCAACCCUUUAUAGGAAACUUCAGGAUAUUAAGGAAAGGGAGACAGAGAAGAUAGCAAUUGUGCAAAAGGUCAUUUCUGUCAUCCUGGGAGAAGCUACAUCUGCAGCCAGUGCAGUGGCUGUUAAACUCGUGGGCUCAAAUGUCACAACUGGCAUAAUUAACAAGCUGGUCACUGUGCUAGCUCACAUCGGGACUUCUCUCCUUGGUAGCAUUGGAAUUGCUGUGCUUAGUCUUGGCAUAGAUAUGAUCAUCCAAGCCAUUUUGGGAGCAGUGGAGAAGACGCAGCUUCAAGCAGCCAUCAGAAGUUACGAGAAGCAUCUGGUGGAGUUCAAGGCCGCCUCAGAGAGGUACCAUCAUGCCAUCACUGAGGUCAGCAGUGCCGUGAAGCGCCAGAUAAGAUGAAGUCACGUCUCUACCACUGGGCUAGUCCUCUGCUUCCCCUCCAUCGCAAUGCUUAUUUAACUAGCUUCAUAUUCCAUACGCCUCUGAUGUGGACAGAGACGGAGUAAACGAUUUGGAAUGUUUGGGUUCUGGAGCAACAAUGAGUGCCCAACUCGGUGGUACCAGACCCUCAAGGGAGAGUCUCUAACCAGACGUUUUCUUCCCCUGCUGUCAGAACCAUGUGGUAGAAAUGCAUCACCGAGCAGCAGGUACAGAAUUGUGUCCUCAUUACCAACCAGUGUCCUCAAACAUCCCACAUAAAUGUAGAGACCAUGCCUAUCACCUGUCCCAGCCGUCACUUAGAUCUACCGAGACAUAUUCAUCGGGCUGGACACACACCUAUGGGCCUGCAGGUGAACCAGAAAUACGUCCAUAUUUUCCCCACUGGAUUAAAUCCAAAUGUCUGAAAACUGGAAAGGACAGCAAAGCAGCUACAUUUCCCUCAAGAAUGUAAGGAGGCAAUGGAACCGGCUCAGCGUCUACUAAUUACAAAGUGUGCCUGGGUGGAUUUGGAAAAAGAGAAAAUAAUAAAACUUGUUUCUAUAAUGCAA